AUGUCGCAGGAUCUUGCCCAAAAGAUCGAGGAGAUCAUCACCAAAAGCGCGGUCGUUGUUUUCUCGAAAAGUCACUGUCCGUACUGCGUCAAGGCGGUGAAGACGCUGAAGGAGAUCGGCCGGGAGCCAGUGGUCGUGGAGCUUGACCUGGUGGACGAGGGCGAGGCUCAGCACGAGUACAUCAAGAAGAAGACCGGCCAACGCACCGUGCCUGCGAUCUUCAUCAAGACCAAGUUCGUCGGCGGCAACUCCGAACUCCAAGCGCUCCACGCCGAUAAACAGUUGGAGAAGAUGUUCGAGUAG